GUGUGUGGUGGUGUGUAGGUUGGGUCGGCAGUCGUGGAGCCCGAGUCCGAAGUAGUGCGAAUAAAUAUACUGCCAUCCAUGCAAAAUGAAUGUCCCUUUCCCAUACUUUCUCCUUCAAGGCCAACCCAUACGUCGCUCUCCAGCUCGGUGUUCCUCACCCACCAAAACAUUCCAAUUUUGCUCCUCGCCCUCUCCAACUCCAUCCCCCCGUCCUGCUGACCUCAAGACGAGAAGAAGAUGAGACGUCGUGUCGGUCGUGGUGGAGAGUUAUGAGCACGAGUGGCGCAGGUGGACACCACAGAACUUUCGCCAGACCAAGUUCCUCCCAAGGCAGAUUCACCUCGCAGCAGCAGCCGCAGCCAGAACAACAACCCUUCCACUUCUCCAGUCUCCCAAUCACCUCCAACAGCAAUAAUAAUAACAGACUUCAGCUGCACUCACAACAACAACGCCGCCAGCACCCAGGCCCUGCGCAGGGCGAUAACUUUGUUCAAACUGUAGAACUCUGCAAGGAUGAAGACACUCCAAGUUUCGGGUUCAAUAUCAAGGGAGGCACGGAAUUUGGAACGGCGGUCCACAUUUGGAGAGUGGAGGAAAACUCUUUAGCUGAUCGACAAGGGUUGAGACGAGGGCAGCAAAUCCUACAGGCUAACGGUAUCGACUUUACUCGCAUUUCUCACUCCAAUGCACUCAAGGUUUUAAAGGGCCGUCACUACCUCAAGCUGUUGCUGGACACGAGGAUGAACGGAGGGUCGUCCUCCAGCGUGGUGAACAAGAGUGCUUCCAUGGUGGGUGACGUGAGCGGCUACAACUUCCGACCCUCCUCCUCCCAGCAGACCUCCUCAACCGCGGGAAUGCCCGUCGCGUGGACCUGGAUUGACGCCAACGGGAAGAUCGUCCCACCUCCCACGCCCAGCAGCCUGAUCAACAACAAACGGAUGAUUAGCCUGGAGAUCAAUCCUGGCCAAAGUCUUGGACUGCUGAUCAGAGGUGGUUACGAGUAUGGGAUGGGGAUCUACGUGACGGGGGUGGACCAUGGUUCGGUGGCGGAGAGGGGCGGACUCCAGCGGGGUGAUGAGAUUUUGGACGUGAAUGGAUGCAACUUUACCUCCAUAACGCACGACAAGGCGGUGCAGAUCCUGAAAUCGUGUACAAAGAUGGCGAUAGUUGCCAGAUACAUUGGCAAAAUCCCUGCGGAUAACCAGAUGAACAGUGCGAUGCCCAUUUUGGACGUGGAGAAUACAGAACUUAUUGAUUUGGGGGGUGGUUCGUCUGGAGUCACGGGCGGGAAAAUGCUGACCACUUCAAUGAGUGACAGCAUGCACCACCACAACAUUCUCAUGGACUCGACGAAUGUCACCCUCUUUGACGACGAGGACCAAGACCUGCUGGCGGAGGAGGAGAAAUUAAACGACCAAAAUUUGGAGCUGGACUACACCGGUGCUUCUGAUGCCACCAACCGACUCUUACAUCAGGACUUGGAAAAGUCAACGUCGGUCAUGGGCAUGAUUGAAGAAAAGGCUCGCACCGUGCUGACCAAGUCGGAACACUCGCGAUUCACGUUCUACCGUUUGGAGUACCAACAAGGUUUCCUUCCCAUUCAGACCUUCGUUCGCAUUCUGCUAGAAUUAUUGAACACGGUGGAAAAGUACACUCUGCUUACCGAGGUUCGCGAAAUCAUCCGCCCCGGCGACCUCAUCUCUUUCGACGAACUCAUUUACAACAAGGAGAUCUCCAUCGGUGCUGGUCCCAUGGGCAGCAAGAAGAUGAUGCAUCGCGUCGACUUCCCCCAAUCUCAGCAGCAGCAGCAGCAGCAACUACAACAUCACCAGAACAACGAGCCGAUGAACAUGCCGCUGACAGGUGACCCCAUGCUCCUCCCACUCGUCCCCGUCAACCAGAACGCCAUCAUCAACAACCCACAAGUCAUGAACGGCCGACGCUUAUCUCCCGCCAACAACGCCACCCUCGUGUCUGCGCCCUACAACAUGAACACGCUUUACAACGAAACCACCUUCACCACAAAUACAACCAAUACUACCAACACGCCAGAAAACAACAGGCAGCUCCUCCUCACUCACGGCGACACGCAAAACGUGGUGGCCAAGCUGGCUCAGCAGAAAAUUGCGCAGUGCAAUCAGCCCGUUUUUGGAGGGAUGUCAAUGCCACAGCAAAACGUGACACCCACAAAUUCCUGUGUUCGCUACAAGGUUCGAGUACAGAAGACGAAACCGAUUUUAGGAAUCGCAAUUGAGGGCGGGGCCAAUACGCCGCAUAGGCUUCCACGUAUUAUCGACGUCAACACGGAGGGUUCUGCAUACGGAAGUCAGCUGAAACCUGGCCAAGUUCUAUUGACCGUGGACGGCAAGAAACUGGAUGGGCUGACCCACGAAGAAAUUGCUCGCUGCAUUCUAGACUCGUACGUUGACAUGUCGAAACCCUUGAUCGAGUUUGUGGUGGUCGAGGCGAAGGCGACCUUUGUUCAGAGUCAGCAUCAACUCAUCACCGCGAUUCCACCGCCGCCUGGCAGCAACCCGAACAGCGUCACGCCAAUGGGGAUCCUACCCCUCAAUCCGGGCGGAUAGUGGUCGUAGUGGGAGGACAUCAUGGUCGUCCUCCUCCUCCCCCUGGAAAUAUUUCCGCUUCUCCUCCUCCUCCUCCUGCUGGUAUUACUACAACAACCACGAAUGCUACCUGAUCUCUACUCCAAUAAGUCACCACCACCACCUCCUCCCUUGUUAUUUAAUUGACUACUGAAUUAUGAAAACAUUUGCAUAGCCCACCAAUCCCACAGCACCCAUUUAUUGCACUUACCUGGUCACGUGGGGUUUAUUAAUUCAACGAUUACCGAUCUUCAUACGUACAUAAAAAAUACAUACCCAUAUUUUUUGCCGUUUGGUCAUCUAACUAAAUUAUUAAAAUUAUUCAUGGUCAAGGUACGAAAAUUGGACCCGGCAAUAUUUUUUGUUACUGUGCACGCAAAACGUCGUUCUAGAUCCAGUUCCAGAAAUGGAAACAGCUUCUCAAUCAGUCAAUCGAAAGAAAGUGUCAACUACUUAUAUCUUUAUGCAAAUAUUAUACAAGUACAUAGACGUACGUGCGUAUGUGCGUGUGUACAACAGGAGCCUGUGAAAGCGGGCAUUUCAUUAUUAAUUUUAACGAACAAUUAACAUUACUUAACGCUAAAUGAUGUAUAAUUACUACACGCUGCGCUACAAUAUUGUUAUGCUAUAUCAUAAAUAAGUGAGUCCGAAGAAAAAUCGCACAGGAGCAUUAUAUUCUGUGAACAGGACAUUUUAAUUGUGCAGGAAAUAAAUAAAAUGAUCAGUAUUGCAAAAAUA